AUGUUUCUGGCCCAGGCACGAAGUAUCGACUUAGCUCGCCCGUCGCGCUCUCGGUAUAUCGCCCUCCAGUCGCUCAACCUUUUUCCCGGUCGCCUUCCUCUCUCGCGCUUCGCCUAUCCCUCGCCUGCCGCCUUCCUUUCUCCCGUCGCCCUCCUCUCUCCCGUCGCCCUCCUCUCUCCCGUCGCCCUCCUCUCUCCCGCCGCCUUCGCCCUCCCGUCGCCUUCGCUCUCAUUCUCCCGUCGCCUUCCGCGCUCUCUCUCCCGUCGCCUUCGCGCUCUCACUCCCGUGGCUUUCGCGCUCUCUCUCCUGUCGCCUUCGCGCUCUCUUAGCCGUCUCCUCCACGCUCUCUUUCUCGUCGCCUUUGCGCUCAUUCUCCCGUCGCCUUCCGCGCUCUCUCUCCCGUCGCCUUCGCGCUCUCACUCCCGUCACUUUCACGCUCUCUAUCCUGUCGCCUUCGCGCUCUCUUACCCGUCUCCUCCGCGCUCUCUUUCUCGUCGCCUCCGCACUCUCCCUCCCGUCGCCUUCGCGCUCUCUCUCCCGUAG